AAUCAUCAAGCAAACCACGGGAACGUAGAAGGCUUCGUUCGCCCCUCCGUUUUUCGAGCCACUCGUAACGGCACUGGCAUAACAAGCGACGGCGAUGCGCGCGCACAGUUCCCGGCCGGUGCGAGGGACGAGGACAGCGCAUCGAUACUGCGAGAGAUCGAGCGAUAGGACGGGAGGGAGAGACCGGUGUGAAGGGAGCGGCGAGCGGCGAGCGAGACAGAGCGUAACGAAAUAGGCACGGAGCGAGAGAGAGAGGCGACGGGUAUACUCCACCGACUCAUCUGCGUGUAGUCGUGCAGCGCGUGCGAAAUCCACGAGUCACAUUUCCGAACUUGCUCGUGUUUACACGACAGUAAGUUUAAUCCGCUCCCACUCUCCUCGCUCCGUCCCUCAUUUCCCGGCUUCGUUCCAUCUCUCGCAUCGCCGUCGCGUCCCUUCUAGCGGGCUUGCUAGCGAAUUGUGCGGACUUUCGGGGCGUGCGUGUGCGUUAGUCGUGCGUGCGCGUAUACUUGGUGUGUAUGUAGAAGUGUGUGGUAGAAGUUUACGUGUGCGUAUACAUGUGCGCGCGCGCAAGGGGCACGUAUGCGUUAUGUACAUCGUACGGCCGCAGUGAUACACCGUUCCCGUGUUGCGAGACGCUUUCAGGUUGAGAGCGCGCGCGACAAAGCGAGAUUCGCCGAAGGACAAGAGUCGCGUCCGACGGCGACAACAACAACAACAACGACAACGAGCAGGUUGUUCGUCUUCGAGACAAGCAACGAGUACCGAGUACGAGGCGACCGACAGUCACAGUGGCUAGCGAGCGAACGUACGGAGUGAAGUGAGUUGACGACGACGACGACGACGACAACAACGUUGGUAACGAUCGCGAUCCAAGACAAUAGGACGGCGUCGUGUUCGAGCGAUAACGCGAAUUAGUGAAGGCAAGAUACCGGAAAGACUGUGAGGUUGCAGGAAGGAAGUCGUAGAAGAAACGAUGAGGACUUGGACGGCGGUGGCGACAGCGACAGUGCUGGCGACGACGACGAGGCGCCCCCAGCGACGCACCUGAAUCAACCGCUGACGAUUACGACAACGACGACGACGUCGUGAUGCGUCGCACCGUGUCGCUCCAGUAUCGCGCAGCAGCAGGCACCUCGCUCCAGUUGUGACGCGACGUGUUCGUGACGUGACGCGACGAAAGCGGGACGGAGAAGACCUUCUUGUCGGCGCGCGAGCGAGCGAGCAAGACAGGGAGGUGGUGAGGAAGAGAGGGAGAAAAAGAUAGAGAGAGAGAGUGAGACGGAAACACCUCCCCGCGAGACUCCUUUCUGUGCUGCAGCGAGCGGGAAAGAGACGGACGUAAAUUAAAAGAGUGUGCGUGUAUGUGCGCGCGUGUGUGUUUGUGUGUGAGAUCUGUGUAUAUGUUCUGUGUAUGUGCACCUUUUCCUCGGGAUCGCGUUUCAUUUGACACGACGUCGCACGUCGACGACGUAAGCACGCUGAGCGAUUACCGUUCGCCGUCGGGUGAAGCGAGACAGACGCCGCACACGUAUACAACGACGGGGAAUCGCGCGUAGCGCGCCCGCGAGACUCGACUCGAGAGAGUCUCCGAUAUUUCCCGUAUACUUUUGAACUCCACUUCAGCCGUCCAGCGGCUAUACGAAGGAACGGCGACGCACUUGUGUUUACGCUAGAAGCAUUGACCGGCCACCACGGCGACCAUGUACGCGAAGGGAAAAGGGUCGGCGGUGCCCUCGGACUCUCAGGCGAGGGAAAAAUUGGCGCUUUACGUGUACGAGUACUUGUUACAUGUAGGAGCACAAAAAGCAGCACAAACGUUUCUGUCAGAGAUUCGAUGGGAGAAAAAUAUUACGCUGGGAGAACCACCUGGGUUUUUGCACUCUUGGUGGUGUGUCUUUUGGGAUCUGUAUUGCGCAGCGCCCGAGAGAAGAGACUCUUGUGAACACAGCAGUGAGGCCAAAGCUUUUCAUGACUAUGGAUUCGUGAAUAGUGCUUACAACGUCAAUGGAAUUGCACAUAAUGCUGGGCCAGCUCCUUCCCCAAUUGGUCAAAUGCCACCAAACGACGGAAUGCCUGGUGGUCCCAUGCCUCCUGCUUUCUUCCCAAACAACUCGACAAUGCGACCAUCUCCGCCCACACACCCCUCAUCACAGCCAUCCCCCCAGCACCCCCAGCCACCCCCGCCCCCACACUCGCAGAUGAUGUCCACCCAGUUUAUGGGCCCUAGAUAUCCAGCAGGACCACGACCUGGAGUACGUAUGCCACAAAUGGGAAAUGACUUUAAUGGACCACCAGGACAACCAAUGAUGCCAAAUAGUAUGGAUCCUACCAGGCAAGGUCCACCAGGAAUGAACCCAAUGAAUCCAAGAAUGAAUCCUCCCCGAGGACCAGGGAUGGGACCGAUGGGUCCUGGAAGUUAUGGUCCAGGUAUGAGAGGUCCACCACCCAACAGUACUUUGGGUCCAGGUGGACCAGGAGGUCCUGGAAUGCCACCGAUGAGUAUGGCUGCUCCAGGUGGUAGACAACAGUGGCAACCCAACACAUCUACGCCAAUGAAUUAUUCGUCGUCAUCGCCGGGUAACUAUGGAGGGCCGCCUGGAUCAACGGGUCCGCCUGGACCCGGUACACCCAUUAUGCCUAGCCCACAGGAUAGCAGCAAUAGUGGAGGAGAAAAUAUGUAUACCAUUAUGAAACCUGUACCUGGAGGAAAUAUGCCGGGUGAUUUUCCAAUGAGCGGCGGGCCUGAAGGCGGUCCAAUGGGACCUAUGGGUCCUAAUACAAUGGGUCCGGUUCUAAACGGUGACGGUCUCGAUGGGAUGAAGAACAGUCCAGCGAAUGGUGGUCCUGGAACACCACGGGAAGAUAGCGGCAGCGGAAUGGGUGAUUAUAAUCUGGGUGGAUUCGGAGCUCCUGGAGAGAAUGAUCAGACCGAGUCGGCAGCCAUCCUGAAGAUCAAGGAGAGCAUGCAGGAGGAGGCGAAGAGGUUUGAGAAGGACUCAGACCAUCCCGAUUAUUUCAUACAAUAA